AUGAUGCACCACCGUCAUCAUAGGCAAUUGCUUCACAAAUCAGCUAGUCCAACGAAAUCGCGACAACGAUUCCCAUCGAAUAAUGAUAGAUUUUUUCAUUUACCAACAACAAUUGCAUUAAAUGAUCCAUUUCUACGACGUUUGUAUAGUGUCGUGUCAUUGGUUCUUGAUGACCAUCCGUACCCAUCGACACGUGAAGAAUUUUCUCGACGUACGCUCGAAAUUGAACAGAAUGUUCGAGAUCUACAUCUACCGUCACAACAGAGAAAAUUUCUUCAACGAUUACAGGUCGAAACUGGUAUUAGUUUGGUGGAUCUCUGGCAAGGUUCACAUGUAAUUAUUCUUGAUAAUGGGUAUUUAUAUAACACAUGGUCACAAUUACCCACUGCUCUACCACGUUUUUCGUCACAUUAUCGUCAGGUUCCUGUUCAACAAUAUGGACUUAAUUUUCGAGAUCAUCAAUUACUUUUCGGUAAGACAGCAACUGAUGGAUCAACUUGGUUUCAAAUGGAAGCACAUGGAUUUGAUCCAAAUGACAUUUAUAAUGAUCCCGAUCUUGCUGUCUAUCACGGACAAGAUUUCUUGAAAUAUCGUUUCCAUGGAAUGAAUGUUGGACCGUUUGGUUUUUCUCCACAUACAGAGACAACUCGUCCAAUUAUUCUGCGUUACGACUCAAGAAAAGGACGAAGAAAUCGAAGAUAAAAAUCAGGUGGAAUUUGUAUUCAAUGCAAACAUAAUACCGUGGGUCGACAUUGUAGUUAUUGCAAAGAAACGUUUUAUCGGGAUCCAAACUUGCCAAUCACACAUCCGCAAAUCUGUAAAGCAUGUAAUUGUCAUCCGGUGGGUUCACGUGGCAAAGUUUGCAAUCAAACAAGUGGUCAAUGUCCGUGUAAAGAUGGUGUGACUGGUUUGAGAUGCGAUCGAUGUCUCAAAGGUUAUCAACAAACGAAAUCACAGAUUGCACCAUGUAUAAGAAAAGUCAAUGUGCAAUCAUAUAAUGUCUAUGAUCAAGAUGACAAUAUGCAACAAUAUCGAGAACAAGAUGCCGUCGACAAUGACGAUAUGUCGACUUCCACAGCGAUCAGUACAACAACUACUACAACUAUUUCUCCUUUAGAAACAGAUUACAAUCCAUCAAUUGAUCUUGGACAAUACUGUGGUGCAUGUCGGUACUACAGCCGUCGUUUACAUAUUAAAAAAUAUUGUAAACGAGAUUACACGAUUCAUGCACGAGUGACUAAUCGACACGAUGCUGGUCAAUGGGUGUCAUAUCUAUUAACAAUUGUUCGAGUUUACAAAGAUCGUCUCAAUCGCAUACAGGAAAGCGAGCAAUGGGUAUGGGUAUCACGCAAAGAUGUUCAAUGUGGAUGUCCUCGUUUGAAACUUGAUAAACAAUAUUUACUGAUGGGUUUCUAUGAUCAAAUGCAAACGUCGUUAAGUCUUGAUCGUACAUCUGUCGUCAUCGAAUGGCGACCACGAAUGGAACAUCGUAUGAAUCGUUUUCGAAGAUAUGAAUUAAACAAGAAAUGCUGA